UUGCGAUAGCAACAAAGUCUGCAAAAUCAUCAAGUUGAGGUGAGUAGAAAAAUAGUUGUCCUUACCUAAAGUUGUUUACUUUAAACAGCAAAUAUUUUGUCUCGCGGGUCGCGUGACGUCAUCGCACGCGCUCGAUUAUACUGAGGCCCGGCAAGGGUUAAUUCAAAUCUAAACUCUAUAAACUAUUUGCAGACGAUAUUGAUUAGAGAUAAAUAUUAACAGUUUUCACUCAUUAAACUUGUUAUUGAAUUAAGUCCGUGUAAUUUUAAACGCGAAAUCUCAUUUUCCUUUCCAAUUUGGUUGCCAUUUCAGCUAUCGUCACGCUGUCAUUUUUUUCAAUUUAGGGGAGGUAAAUCUGUUGUAUAAGCAAUAUGUGAAUAUAUCUAGUUGCUGCCCUUCCAUUGUUAGGCUCUAUAUUUUUAUUCAGAAUGCCUUACCAUUACCGAACAUAUGACACUGAAUCACUGCAGAUGGCUGCGGCGGCAGUACAAAGAAAGCUCAUGUCUGCCAGAAAAGCAGCUGUAGAGUUUAGGGUGCCUCGGUCAACACUACAAGACCAUGUACGAUUUUCAGUGACGCAAAAGGAAGGGCCAGUUUGUCGUCAGCCAGGUCGAAAACGAGAUUUGAGUGCGGAUGAGGAGACGUCACUGGCUGAGUACCUUCGAUAUAUGGCCAGUCAAGGGCUCCCAGCAACCAGGGAAGUUCUGCGGCAAAAGGUCGUAGAUAUCAUACUGUUGUCAGGUGGCAAAUCGAGAAUAAAUACUGAGAGAGGCCCAACUGACAGAUGGAUUCGGCAGUUUCUAGAGAGACACGGUCUCUCUGACAGACUUGCUGAGAACAUAAGCAAGGCCAGGGCGUCUAUGUCAACACCUGCAGUAGUUGAUGAGUUUUUUGAAUUCUUCAGAGAAGUAAUGACGCAGUAUGAUCUCCUGGACAAGCCUGAAAGGAUAUUCAACUGUGACGAAACUGGCUGGACCGGGAAAGAGAAAUCAGCCAAGAAGGUGAUCGGUCCUAAGGGUGGUCAUCUGUGCAGGGGUCAGAAUACUCCCGGAAGCCACAUCACAGCACAUGUCUGUGUUUGCGCAUCCGGCAGGUUCUUGCCAACACUCGUUGUUUACCAGGGCUCCUUACCUCACAAAUCUAUAGAGGGUGUACCAGACACAUGGCAGUUUGCGGCUACAGAAACGGGCUACCUUAACGCAGAUCUAUUCCAUCAGUGGUUUACUAAACUUUUUAUUCCUCAUUGUGGAAAGGAGAGGCCAGUUGUGCUGAUAAUGGAUAACCACAACAGUCAUGUGUCCGUCAAUACAGUGAAAGACGCCAUUGACAAUGAUAUAGUGCUAGUUGGUCUGCCAGGCAACACGACGCAUAUCCUGCAGCCUCUAGAUGUUAAGGUGUUUGGUCCUCUGAAGUCACGAGUGGACACGAUCUGCAGCAACAUGCCAUUCGCCCGUCGAGGAACGAGGUUGUCCAAGAUACACUUUCCUGCUGUACUCAGACACGCCAUGGAACAGGCCACCCCUGCCUCUAUUCGGAAGUCAUUUGAAGUGACCGGCCUAUGUCCAUUAAGCAGAGCUGCUAUUGAUACGUCACAGCUGCUUCGACCAGCAUUUGGGCCUGUUGCAGUUGGAGGUGAAUCUACAAUCUCUACGACCUGCCCUACCUGCGGCCAUUUUGUGACGAAUCCACUGGUCACCAUGGGAAUUGUGACAGAGCCGUUGGCCAGAGUUCUCCUGCCACCACCAACCGCCCCGCUGACAGAGAAGAAACAGUCAUCUAAGAGAGUUGAAAAGGGCCGUGUACUUAGUACACAAGAAAUCCUUAGUUCAUUGCAGGAAAAGGAGAAGAAGGAAGAAGAAAGGAGAGCAGCUAUUGCAACGAGGAAGUUAGAGGCAGAGAAGAGACGAGAGGCGAAGGCAAAAGAUGCAGAGGAGAGACGUUUGAAGAGAGCAGAGGAACAGACAAAAAGGGCCGAGAAAAGAAAAAGGGAGGAAGAGGAAAAGGCAGAGAGGAAGAGACUCAGAGAAGAGAGAAAGGCACAGAAGGAAGCAAGGAGUUUGAGAAGAGAGAUAGUUGUUAUCGAUGAAUUGAGAGCCUCUAUGUAUAUUUGUAACGUAUGUGGCGGACGUGGCAGAAAGGACGACGAAGUAAAUGGUGUUGAGUGGUAUGGUUGUGAUGGAUGUGAGGCUUGGUACCAUGAUGGAUGUUUGAGUGUAAGGGAGUUGGAGUUUGUCAGAGUAAGUUUGAAUGAGAGAAGUGAUUGGCUGUGUAAGUCAUGUAGUGCUUGCUUGUAUGAGGAGUAAAUGGAGUGUCUUGGAGGAUCGAUGUUUUAAGUAGGUGCAAAGAAAGUUGUUACUUUUAUUUUAAGUAUUGAAUUAUUAAUUUACUAGUUUACUAGUUAAAGUGAUUGAUUGAUUGAUUGAUUGAUUGAUUGACUGACUG